GAUUGGACUUUCUCGACAAGGAGCUUGAACGCGCUUUCAGGGUGCCAUGUCUAAAACUCUCUUGCUUUCUACCGCCCAACCAUCAUCGGAGGAAUUAGACCUCCUUGAUCGUAAUGUUAAGCGGAUCAAGGAGGAUGUUAGCUUGAAUUCCCAAAGCAAGGAUCCUCUCUUGAUGGAAACCAUGGAUCUACAACAAGUUCAGGAUCAAUCAAAUCCCCAGGGUGCUCUGAUGGACGAAGAUCUCCCCACCCUCAACUUCCCACAGUUAUCUGGAGCAACUACUAGGACUUUCCAUAGAGACAAACUUUUAGUGGUUGAGGACCCGUCGGUCAUUUCCUUCUCCACAAUACCCAACAACAUGGAGGAAGAUUCACAUGUGGAUGACGACCGGAUGAUGAUGCUCCAGUUGUUCUGCUUUCUAAAGUAGAGAAAAGAUGUAUUAGGGAACCAUGGAUGAACGCUAUCAUCAUCAAGGCCUUCCACCACAAGUUGUUGGGUUAUAACUAUGUUUAUCCUCGUGUUAAGGCACAAUGGAAGCCUACCGGUAAAUGGGAUUUUAUUGAUUUGGGACUUGAUUUCUUUUUGGUUCGCUUCCAUGAUAAUGAAGAUUUGAGCAAGGU